CCGGUUGACAAUGGCAGAGCCGCCGCACGGCAUCAGUGAAAGCAAAAACGUGAGCAUCAUGCUGCCAUAGCACCCGCACCGGCUGCCCAUCCCAAAAAAUGCAUCGCUUGGCGUCGUUGCGAUCCAAAAUAACCAAAAAGGAGGAACCCCAACAAAAUACAAAAGAGGCCGUCCCGAAGCAGUGGCGGGCCCUCGCCGAAUGCUUGACGAGCUUCGCGCGCGCGGCGAAACGCGACGAAUCCACGAAUUUGAGGUAUGUCUACGACAAGUUGGGCGCGUUCGCGAGCCGCGACGUCGUCGAUAGGACCAUAGACGCCGCAGCUGUAUCAAACGACGCGGACCACCUGCAACCGUCCGCGCGGCGCGUCCUCCACGGCGGCGAGGCGGCGGCUCGAGGCACGCCCAAAAUUAUGAAUCUCGUGGACGACGCGGGCCUCGCCGAGGCGAGAGCCGCGGCCCAGCUCUUCGCCGAGAGCGUCAGAAGCACGGUGCCGUGUCCGGAAGGCUAUAACCUCACGACGACGCGCGCGAUCCGCUGCGGCGCGCCGCACUGCUUCGCGCGGGAGGGCGCGCACGACUGGUUUUCGCCCCAGAUAGCCUCAUCAACCGGAAGCGGCCCGCGCUUCCACCGCGACGGUCUGAAUGUGGAAACGGAACGGGGCGAGUUCGGCGGGCGCGCGGGACAGGAGCUCGCUCUCUUAUCGCCGCGCGGCGGGCCGCUCGGGGCCUGCGAAGCAAUAGCAAGGUGCGCGGCCGGCGGCGGCGCAUUGCAUCGACGGGGCGCCCCGCUGCGCGUCGUCGGCGUCCAGGUCUCGGUGCUCGUCGCGGGGCCCGACCUCGAGCGGGCCAUGGAGCUUUUUGGCACCGUGGUCCUCCGCGAGGCGCUCCAAGCGUCCGAAAGCGAGCGCUGCAUCGUGCUCGCGCUGGAGACCGCGGGCGUCGCGACGGGCGGCCCGACGGCGCGCGACGCGCUCGACGUCCUCGAGGCCACGACCACACCAGCCGCGGCCGCGGCCGUCGCCGUGACCGCCGCCGCGGAGGCGGCGACGCCCGCGCGGCGCUGGCGGGUAGCGCGUCUGAAAAAGAGGCGCGACGCCGCCGCCUUCACGACGGCGCUCAAGGGCAGCACCAUAAAGAAGAAUGCGGCCCGGUUGGCGCUCCUGCUGAGGUGCCCGGGCGGGCUCGUCCGCGUCGAGGCCACGUAUGCGCUGCACUUCGCGGAGCCGCAGCGCCCGGUCCGGGCCUUCUCGGCGGAGCCGGCGGCGUCGAUCCUGGACGGCGUCUUCCCCACGGACGUUGAUGCGGACGCCUACGCCAGCCGCGCGGCCGCGCCGGCGGAAGAUGUGAGAGACGCCGUGCUGCGGUGCCAGCGCCUCAGCGCGGCCGGGCUCCGGUGCGGCGACAAGGCCCUGGCCGCGGCGGCCGUGACGCCCGCGCGCCCGCAGCUCGCCCCGGGCGCCGCCGCGCUGGCCGCCGUCGCGGCCGACGCGCGCGAGCUCCGCCGGGGCGCGCGGGCCGUCGCCGACGCGCUGCGGGUCAUCGCGGACGCGCUGCGGCCGAAGGCGGCGAACCGCACGGCGCACGCCUUCUGCGGGCCCGCCGCGGCGUGCGCGCUCGCGUCCGAUGCGAUGGACGACGACUGGGGCCUCUGGCAGCCGGCCUCGGACGACGUCUCCGGCGACCCGUGGCUGUUCGGGGGCGUCGGCGCCGGUCCCUCCGACGCCCAGAAGGCGCGAUCUAAAAGCGGCCUCGCGUCGCCGGCCAAGAGCAAGCGGCCGGGCACGGGCGCGAGCGCGGCGUCGAAGCGCGACGACGACGCCGAGGAGACGCUGUCGCGCGCGGCGUGUCGAGCUUGGUUGCACGUCGCCGAGCACGAUUUCAUGAAGUGGCGCGACCGGGCCGUCGACUACGCGCGACGAGCAGGGGCGGCGCAGGACGCCGAAGACGUCGACACGGUUUUCCUCGCCUCGGUCCUGCGGCAGGACCUCGCUGCGGUGUCCGAGGGCGGAGACGACGCGCUCCGGGCAGGCGCGGCGGCGCGGUGGGACCGCCUCGCGGCGGCUGUGGCGCUCGAACGGCCGGACGUCGUCCUGAAAAGUGGUUCAUCAUACGAAACGGAGGACGGCGACGCGCCGGGGCUGCUUCUAGGCGACGGCGAGGACGCGCUCGGGCGCGUCGGCCUGCUCGGACCCGGUCGGCGGCGCGGCGCGCUGGCCGCGGCGGCCGCCGACGCGCACCGCGACGCCGUCGCCGACGUGCAUCUGCGGCGGGACGGCGGCGGCCUGCGGCUGCCGGACCUGGCCCGGCUGUUCGCGGGAGACGACAACGCGGAGGUGCUGCACGCGGAGGCGGACGUCGACGUCGUCGACGGCCCGGACGGCUUCGUGGAAGUGGCGGCCACCAGUGAUAGAGUAGUAGCGGUCCACGGCGUCGGCUGCCUCGGGAUGGACGCCCGGGCCGUCGCGGCCCUCAUUGACGCCUCGCUGCAACAGCCAAAGACCACGGACGACGAGGCCUGGUUCGCCGACGCGACGCAGUCCGCCAAGCCUCCGCCAAAGCCCAAGCCCCUCCGGCUCGAGCGGCCGGGCAACGCCCCGCUCGACGACUGGGCGCCCGCGCGCCACGUCCUCUCGGCGGCGCUGCACGCCGCCGCGACGCGGCUCGAGCGCAUCGGCGGCCUCUUCGGCGUCGCCGAGCGGGGCCUCGACGCGCGGGCCUGGGCGGCGGUCGCGGCGCGCGCGGCCGACGACGUCAGGAACGCGCGCCUCGAGCGCCGGCGGCGCCAGGCCGCGGCGGCGCGCGCGGAGCGGCGGCGGGCGCGCGGCUUCGAGGGCGACGCCGCCGUGGCGCCGGAGCCCGUCGAAGAGGUCAGGGACCCCGCGAGCGUCGUCGACGCGCUGACGGCGGUCGCGAAGCGCGCGCGCGGCGCCGCCAAGAAACUGCGCGAGGCGGAGCUCGCGCCGUUACGUCCCGAACCUUCGCCGUCCGCGGCACCUACAAAAAUCGAGGGUGGCGACGCGGCGGCCGUCGUCGUCAAGACGGGCGCCGCGGCCUGCCUAGCGCGCGCCGCGUACGAGACUGUCAAUGAUGCCUGGGCGCCGGCGCUCUACCGCGUCGCCGUCGCCGCGUACCGCGGCGCGAACGUCCAACGCCUCGCGCGCGGGGCGACGGACGCGGCCCUCUGCUUCGACGCGCUGGGCCGCGCGCCGCCGGAGCCGGGCAAGGAGCCCGUCCGCAUGCGCGCCGAGGCCGACGCCGCCCGGUUCACGGAGAGCGCCGCCGCCGCGCGGGCCGCGGCGGAGGCCCAGGUCGCCGAGCUCCGGGCCUCGCUCGCCAGCGCCCAGCUGGCUUUACAAAAAGCCGCGGGCUUCGGCGCGACGAGCGCGGCCCAGGUGCGGCGCGAGCUUGGCGCGGCGCUGCGCCUCGCCGACGCGAAGACGGCCCGGUUCGCGGCCCACGCCGCGGCGCGGUCGCUCGACGAGCGGUCCGCGACGCGCCGCGCGGCCGCGCUGCGAGCCCAGCCCAGCGCGGUCGGCGGCGUGUGGGCCUGCGAGGGCGUCUACGGCACGCGGCGCGCGGUCGCCUGCGUGUCCAGGAACGCCCGCUUGAUUUUGAAUCGCUUCACGAAUGCGUUGCUGCCCCGCGGGCCGACGAUGACGCCGACGUUCGACGGCGAGGCGCCCAAUCUCCGUGCGCACGUCGCGUUGCGCGGCGACGCGAGUUCCUAUAUUCGCGCGCAGCUCGACGUGCUCGCGACGUGCCGCACGCCGGAGCAUUCCAAGAAUGCGCCGCGCGCCGGCGCGGCCGCGUGCGUCGAGCUCGCGGCGGCCCUGGACGACGCCGACGUCGCGCAGGGUCUGUUCGGCCGCGCGAAGCCUUUGAGAAAGGCGGCGCGCGCGGCGGCCCUGCUCAAACGCGGUGGCCUGGCGAACAUCGUGCGGGCCGCCGCGAAGAAGGAUCCCCUGGAAGCGGCCGCGCCGAAGCAGGAGCUCCUGCUCGUCGCCGUCGCCGCGGGGCCCGGCGCCGACAAGUGGGGCGGCGGCGCGCUGCGGUUCGGGAGCGGCGCCCUCGCGACGCGCGCGGGCCGCGAGCGCGCGCUCAAGGACAUCGGGAGGCUCCAGCUCGUGUUCGGGGGCCAGUGUCCCCUGGGACUUCACGCGCUGUUGCCCGUUGAUAAAACCUACGUGGCGGUCGUCCUCCGCGUGGCGCUGUGGCAGAUCGGCCCGGCGGCCGACGCCUCGCGCAAUAACCUCCUGGUCGACGCUUCGGCGCGCGAGAACGUCUCGGCGUCGUCGGAGGGCGCGCAGGCGCUCGCGGCGACGGCGGCGUCCUUGAAGCGCGGCGACCACGAGGGCGAGGUCGCGCAGACGCUUUCGGACAUUCGGGAGGCGGCCGAGCGCGGCGAGUGGAGACGGGUCUACUCGCUAGAUCGCCGCCUCGCGCUCGCCGGCGACGUGGCGGCGACGAGCGCGCCGCCGGCGACGGCGCCGGCCGAGGCGUUGCGAGGUCUCAGCGUCGCCCCGCUGGAAAAAAGGCUCGCGGCGCACGUGCGAUUGUUGGAUGGUACCGUCCAGGACGCCUUGCGGCUCGAGGGCCUCUGUGGUGUCUUGCGCGCGUUGCUGGUGUUGCCCAAGCAUCUGCGAGCAAAGGUCUCGCCGCAAAAGAUCGGGGACCACGCGCAAGUCGUGGUCGACGGCGUCGACGCCCUCGUCGCGUCGCCGCAGAGCGUCCACUUCUCGGGCGCCGGUCGGUCCCUCGCGGGGAAAUUACGGGGCUCCGACGCGACCGCGCCCGGACUCGUGGUGACGUCGCUGGCCGCCGCCGCCGCGGCCCGCCUGGCCGACGCGGACGUGUCCGAGGGCCGACAACCCGCGAAUGCCACCAAGGUCGCGGGCGCGCGCGCGCAAGCCGCGGCCCUGGCGCUGCUGCGCGAGGCGGCCGAUUUUUCGAGGGCUCUCGGGGAAGCGGCGGCGGCGAACGCCCACGCCGGAGACUUCGAGAUGGCCGUCCACGUGGCCGCGCUGCGGUGGGGCGCGGCGCCGGUCGACGUCGCCGACGGCCCGGAGGAUGCGACGUCGCCGGGCGUGCCGACGCCCCGCGGGUUCUUUGACUAA